AUGAAAUCUUUUCUCUUCCUUUCACAGAUUAUCAUUGUCUUACUGCUGUUCCAUAUAAAAGGUUUGAAUGUCCUGUUGUUUAGGGGGCGCUUCUAACUAUCUGAACGUUCUCAUUAGGCGGUUUGCUAUUGUGUUGCCUCUUUUUGCUUUUCAUGCGGCUGAGCACAGAUGUCCAGCCAAAUGCUGUGUUUGUCCGGCAGUUGUGUAAUAAAACAGCAUCUGUUUCCACUUGCUUGUCGAGCGAACGUGAAAUGACUUGCUUCUGAGCAUGAAGCAUUGUUCAGCUGGACUAUUAACUCUACUUAUCACAUGCAUUGCUGACGCUCGUCGUUACAAUUCAGUCCUACAGGGCGCUAACAAGCUGGAAGUGGAGUUAGAUCUUCAGUCAGGCCGAGUGAUACCCUCAGUCCAUGCUGCUAAAUCUCAGGUAAGCUUCAUCGUCCAGCCCACUGCUGCUUCCCAACCGGAUCGUUGCGAUGGUCAAGCAGUCGUGCGUCUGGACUUCAACGGACCGUUCAAGAAGGCCAAAAUCGAACUUAUCUAUGGUGAAGAACCUCGUCUUUGGACUGCAACCAUAUCAAAUGUCCCAACAAGCUAUGGCUUCGGUUCGAACUUCAACUACUCAAGCAAUUGCGCAACGGCUGAAAUAUUCAACCAGCAAUUUCGAGUCUACAGUAACAAGCUACCUGGCUUUAGGUUUGACUCCCAAAAUGGAAAUUCUUUGAUGGUUACAGAGGACGAAGUUGUGGAAAAUGGAGCCAAUAUGACAAUCGACAUCGCGAAUGAAGCAAUAACCUGGGAAACAUUCUAUGUUAAUUCUUCCAGCUACUUCCACAUCAAAAACAAUCGAUACCUUUUUUCACUCUCAGGACAAAAGCCAACGUUCGGUCCACCCUCAGACGGAUAUAUCUAUGCGGGGUUCAACCGAGUUCCCUACGGGAAUUUUCACAACGGAUCAGGUCUUUGUAGGGUUCGCAUCACAUUCAAGCGGGAUUUGGGCAAAGGUAAGAUAAAGAUGACGCCAUUUUUAACAUUUUAUUUCAGGUGGUAAGACGCGCGCAACGAGCUCAAUAUGAAGAUGUUUUGGGUUGUCCGCUGAGUGUGGAUUAUCGGUAAAUUGCUCAUUUCUUUGUUUACUUUACCAAAACGUUUCGCGGAUAGGAGGAAUAUGUUUUGCGUGGGAGGAAUUUAAAUUAGCAAGGACGUGUUAAUUUGUAGCGAUUGAUAAGCGUGCAGCCCUCCACUCAAAGUUUUCAACGUUUGAAUUGAAUCCCGCAGAUGAACUUUGCCAUUUUGCUCAAACCCAGAUGUCUGAGGGUGAUGUGUUAUUAAGAUAGUUCCAGCGUUAUACUGUUUUAUUUAUCGCACUCUGUUGGCUUUUGAUUGCAUACUUGUCCAGCCAGCACUGAAAAUAUUUUGUUGUUCACACAACGUUUGUUUGACGAAUUGCUCUCAGCGCGUGCUAAAAGAAAGAAUCGAUUUUUUUCCUUCUAUUAAUUUUGAUCUAUUACAUUUUUGCACCAUUUAUGACCGGGAAAAAAAUUUCACUAAAUGUUCUGUGACCUUGCCUCACGCAAAGUUUCUCGUCCUCACGCUGUUUUUUGGUCGGCAUUACAAGCUAUUUCUGCCUCCAGACAAAUCCAUGUCGCUUAAAUAUCACUCCAACUUUAGUGACCACUUACAUAUUUAGGAUGCUAAAACUUGAAAUGAUAACACAUUGAGACAGUUCCAUAGUUUUUCCACAAAAGAGGCCGUCCCUCAUCUGAACAACAACUUCCGGCAGAAAACACGUUUUUGGCGAGAAAUUUCCGACAGAAUUUGCCAAAAGAAACCGCCUGCAAAAAUAGCAUAUUAAAACCCCACUUGGUGACAAGGAGAAAGAAAUCAAUACUGUGUUAGAUAUACAAAUUAAAACUGGCCCUUUGAAUUCCACCAAGGACAAGCCUCUCGUGAUCAAGAAUUUACCAACAGUUUCAUUGUAAGGACCCAUUUCGCGUUUUAACCGGUGAAGUUUUGUUCGGGACUCUAAUCUGAAAAUAAAAGUCUUCAUUAUUACAUUUCGUACCCAGGAAAUCCAAUACAGAGACAAAAUUACAUUUUAAAAUGGUUAUUUUCUUUGCCAUUAUGUUCUACUUAGCGGUAUCGAAAACUAAGACGCACUGUAAGUUUACCUUACUAAUCAUUUUCCCAGAUUUCAUGUCAGCUUGACAGAAAGCAGACUACGGCACAUUCCAACUUGGUAAAGUGAUUACUCUUCAUUACACAACAAACACACAACAAUUUUCAAAGUUCAUUCUGACAUCACCAUGUACUGAUAGCUACCCAACUAUAUUAAAUCUUCAUACCGCAGUUAUAUCACGAUGAAAUUUUUAAUCCCAAUUAUUAAGCUGUUUGCGUAGAGGAAAUCGGAAGAGAUUUACAUGACAAAUUUUUUUCUUUUGUUUUUUUUUCUCGUUUAAGUUGCAUUUUGCGUAAUUCUUGGAGUCUUCCUCGGAUAAGGUCAGCGAAGGAAUCUAUCUUGACUUUAUUUACCAUUCCUUUGAUGUCAUUUUUCAAGUGCUUUGUUAUUCCCGUUUCCGUCCAUUUUUCAUCUCAAGAUAUUAAUAGUUCGAUGACAUCCUGCUCUCAGUUUCAUGUGAUUCUUUGAAGGCAUUGAUGUGGUAAAAACUUAAAGGCUCCUCUGGUUUAUAAUCAUGGGUCCAUUCUGAAAGGCCAAUAUGAAGAAGACGGUCUACCGUUUUAAUGAGAAUCUACAAAAAGACACUCACGGGAGAUAUUUACUUAUAACAUGGAUAGCAUCUUUCGAGAUAGUUACGAGCAUACCGAUUCGUCAACCGAAUACACAGAUCACAUAAUUUGGAAAGAAUUCAUAAAGAAAGUUAGUUCAUACAUCGGCAUAAACUCCAUGACAAAAAGAGCAAAAAAAUGAUCUUUAGAGAGAUGUUAGACUACUCUUUGUGGGACUUUUGAAAGUUGUUUUAUGUUAAGUCUUUUCAAACUUAACGAGGAAAUCCAAGGACACUGUCCAUAUACACUUGGGCGUAAAUUUGAAAGGAUACAUACUUGACUUGAAACGCGAGCAAACUGAGCAGAAAGGAGACAAGGUUUGGAAGAAAUUUUAAACUUCGAGUGUUCUUCCCUUUCAAAUCAUAGGUAUCUCAGUGCUUUUUAAAGUCAAUAAGUUUUUAAACCCAAUAAAACCUACAGCUAGAAAUAAAAUGUUACACUUGACCUACGAAGCCGAAAUGAUUGUGGUGAUAAAAAAUAAAUAAAGAAUGGAAAUGAUCCAUUGGACGUGUAAGAUGAUUUUAGAGUGUUCUGAAAAUUAUAAAAAUUAUACAUUUCAAUGGAUCCUGUAGCCACUUGCUUAAGACGUUUGCAAUGUUGUUUUUAUUCUGUUGGAAAAAAAAAGUCGAAUGAUCUAUCAUUGUUUAUGAUACACAUAAACUAGCUCAUCGCAUUGUGUCUCUGUGACUCAGAGGUAGAGCAUGGGGGUACGGAACGCGAGGGUCAGAGGUUUGUUUAUUUCUGAUAGGGACUCGGAGUUCUAUCUUCGUCUCAAGCCCGUGGCAAGACGAAAAAACAUGAUAUGUCUACGUCAAACUUUUGGUAGGUUAGACACCUUAGGGCCUGAAAUACACAGCUUAGUCCGGAAGGUUACCAGAGAAAACAAGUUUUAUUUGAUGUCAAGAUCAAACUCGAGCUCCCGAGACACUUACAGGAUUUUAUGCUCUCAGUUGUUUUGAGACACUAGAUACCUGAAAAGUACAGGGAAAUAGAGAAGAGUGAAAAUGCGCAGAACAUUGCGCGCCUCAUGCGAAUUAUCACGACCUCAUUAAUUAACAUGCGACGCGUGCUUAUUUUAUGAUUCAUUCGCCACCCGCGCGGAAUGUAAUGAAGUCGCUUUAUCAUUUAAUGCUGUAUCAACUUUAUCACUGCUUAAAUGCCUGUUACCUUAUGGCAGAGAUGAGAUACUUAAUCUUGCUUAUGUCUCAACAGCGCUAGCAUUGUUGCGCCGGUAAGACUGAAUAACACUUGACAUACACUGGCGGAUGGUGAAUGAAACUGGAAAACGAUAAAAAUUGAUUUCUCCGUGAAAUCCAGUGUUAAAAGUAAAACUAGAAAUACCGUGAAGGUUGUAUGACUGAAAAAGCGUGGGGGUUAACGCUCAGAAGUUGAAAAAUAAAUGCUUAGAUCAUUUGCUUUUUCCUUGAUGGUUCAUCUGCAUCACCGAUCGGUUUGAAGUAAGACAUUUGUAAUACGAGGUACCUUCAUUCUUCAAAGACUUCAUUCUUCAAAGACAUCAAAGACAUCUCUGGGUAGAUUGAUCAGAAUAGUUUGGCAACCGACCAUAUUCAAAUUAGUAUUCAGUUCACGUGCGAACUGAAUUUUCAAUUUAUUUGAUGCCUUAACAAGUUAAAAGCUAACUGACUUCCCUCUGAACAUCAUCUAAAUGUGGUGAUGGUGGAUAUCUUAAAGCAACAGGCUCGAAAAAUUGGCAGUUCGUGGUAUCGAUGAAUAGUAAAAAACCAACAUUUAGAACAUAAAACAGGAUUCAAAACUCAUUAGUGCCGCUGCGACCGUGACUCCCUUUUCACUCCGAAGAUAAAGAUUUUUGAUUUCAGACAAAGCGUGCCUUAGGCUAGGGAUAAAUUCCAAAACGGCGCAACAAAGGGGAACGAACACACUGGGCGGUACAACGGUCCAACAGUUAUCUGCGUUUUAACUCUUAUCAAAAAAAAUAUCCUCGCCUUACGAAACUGCUCCCUUCUCUAAGAGUACCACAAAGAUUACUAAAGUUGAAGUGGCUCUACUUAAAAUCAAAACUUCUCUGAAGUGGAGCGUUUUGUGUUUCCAAUGGUUUGAGAAAUCGGGAGUUAAAUUACAGGCCUUCGGUUCGAGUUAUCGGACGGUUUAAAAGGACAGUUUGCUUAAUCAGGACUUAACAUCAUGAUCAGACAAACGCCAACGCUCACGCGACGUUUCCUCGUAGUAAGGAAUCUUUUCGUGUCGUCUGGCUCGAGUUUAGUAGAUAACAUCGGUUCGUUGUCGAUUUGAUAGCGAAAGCCUCUUUAUUUUGGCGUUUGGAAAGGCUUCUUUCUGAGCACCCGCCAAUGAGGUCUAAACCCAGCGCCGGUGUCCAGACUAAACGAAUAAGCGCUUGAGGUACUAAGAAAGCUGACUUGUCGUUUUAUCACUCCCAAUGACAUCAGUUAAUUUUCACUCCACUGACAUAAGUGAAUAGCUAUCCAUGUGACAAUCAAAACUACAAUGAAAAAACUUGAGACAUCAGAGUAAAUGGAAUAAAUGUAAAGGAUUAGAGUCAGAUUUCACAAAUGUUGCCCAUUUUUGCAGGUGAUUGGAGCAUGUUAGUUGUAGAAAUUGAGUCAGCCAACUCUCCGCUCAAUUUUCAAUAGUAGUUGCACUUUUCACCUCUAAGUGCGAUACACUCAACAAAAUCCAAGUUAUAAUGGAGGCGUAGCACUUCAAGUAAGCACAAGCUAAGAACAAGGGAUUGAAAUUACAGUAUUUUAGUGUACAGAGCACAAUGUGUUUGUCAGUCUGUCUGACUUUAAUGACCUCUUCACUUCGUCCUAACGACAACCUUAGUGAGACACUUUGCUUUGUUUGAAAAAGAAGAACAUAUGCGUUCGUAUCUUCCCUUCAACAUGGUCUGUUUCCCCAUACGCGCGCACACACGCAUGCAUUUGCUUCAACUUAGUAUUCCGUAAUUUCAAAGUUGGAGUCAUGUGGCUCGCGGCCAUUGGCCAAAAUCCUAAUUGAGUUUUGUUUGUUAAAAAAUUGAAUCGACGAAGACUUUCCUAGUAACAAUUCUGCUUUUUUUCCUGCUGCAGAUUCACCUUGUGCGACCGGCAAUCAUGAUUGCCAUAAAUUUGCUGAAUGCCACCCAAUCAAGCGUUCAUUAUUCAAAUGCAUCUGUAAGCCGGGUUACCUUGGCGACGGGCGGAAAUGUAAAGGUAAAAAUAUUCUUAGUAUUAAGAGAAAAGCAAUGUUAUUCUUCGCAGAAAUAUUAUAAAUGCAUUAAUAUGCGACUGUAGUGAAGUUUAGAAUUUGUAUGCUUCGCAUCUGAGGCUUUCUAGGGUAAUAAAGACGUCCAUGAUAUUCCACGAGUGCACGUUGGAUGUGAGAUGGGCCGAGCAGGCUAUAAUCAUCUUAUAUCCUAUAAGCGAGAGUGGAAUAAUUAUUUUAACAAAAACGCCCCGAAAUAUGGAUAAAUCUUCCCAACUUACUUUGUAAGAACAAACAGAAUGUUACAAUGUGUAAAACACUUCCGGUUUAACUCGUCUUCAUGCGCGCGCAUGGCAUAAUGGUUCCCUAACCUAUAAUGGCUAAUGAAUAAAGGGGGUAAGUUUCUAAAGAAACUGUGGUGCUGCGUCAGUGGGAGAGUAUAGCAGGUAAUUUAGUGGUAACAACUGAGUUAAAAACGUAAAUUGGUCACCAUAAAGAGUUAAAAGGCUGACGUUUCGAGCGUUAGCCCUUUGGCAGAGCGAUUGACGAAGGGCUAAUGAUAAAUAUAUCUAGGUAAGCUUAAUUUCUGAAAGAUCCUUCUUUAAUCCAUGAUUGCCCCUCUUUCCUCCUUAAAAUUCAGUUCAGUCUUUCUAAAAUGUGUAAAGCUCAUCUCCAUAAAUAUGUUUCAACUAUCCCAUUCCGUGGGAAAAAUCACAAAUUCAGCGCCCGAAACACUCCCAAGGACGACCCAACAUCGCCUGUAUUUAAAAUAGAAAUCACGUUUCAGGGACUAAAAACGUUUGUAGGCAGAAGGAGAAAAGCCAAAAACUUUUUAGCGAAAUCAUCGAUCCGGCCAACAUUUUCUUUGAACCCUGAUCUCUAGUUCCCAGUCUUUUUGCGGACAGGAACGUUUAGGUGGGUAAACAUUGCAGGGAAGAGAAAACCUGCAAAAUGGCGAUCGAAAACGUCUUUUUAAUCAUUUCCAACUAAAUUUCAAGUUGAACAAAAGUUUCCUGAGGUAAUUUUGUAAGAUUACUAAAUAAAGGUUACUGGUUUGGAAGAAGGUACAAAGUAUUGCAAUCUAUAUUUCUUUAGGGUCUUGAUAUUUCUUGUUGCCACUAUUCAUCAUAGUUAAAACUGUUCUCUACUUAUAAUAUAAUUCAACUGUCAUCAACGUUAAUUUGUAUAGGAAUUGAAACUGAAGAUGCUUUACCUCUUUUCGUGUUGCCACUAUUCAUCAUAGUUUCUGUCGAAACAUAAUUUUACUGACUCAAAAGAAACAUUUUGUCACAAAAGUUUUAAAUUUAAAUUUUAUAUUUCUUUGUGUUCAGAGUUUGAUCCAUGUUCUGCAAACAAUGGAGAUUGUCAGCACCUUUGCCGGCGGAAUUCGAACGGACACGCUUCAUGCAGCUGUAAUGAGGGCUUUCACUUACACCCGAACAAAAGAGAUUGUCUGGGUAAGCUGCGGAAUAAAUAAUUAUCCAAUGAUUAUUGUCUGAGAUCCUUAUGAGUUGUUCCUUCAUCUACUUUCCUCUUUCAAAUUAUUUUCCCUCUUGCGAAUCCUGAGGUAUAAGGCUGAGUCUGCACUCGAGGGGGCCCACUCGGCCGGAGCUAUUCAUCCCAGUUUCAUCAGCAUGAAGAGAUUACGAGCAUCACUACUCCCCAGACUUCUCUACCCGGAGUCCAACGCACUAACCAUAAGAGCACUACGUCACCCACAUCCAGAGGAAUACCUCGGUAUAAAUCCUUAUACUGAAAGAGAAGAGAGAGUAUUUCUGCUAAAACAGAGUUUUUUUUCUUUCCAUAGCCACAGAGGAAGUCAGAAAGAGAAUAAGAAUCAAGAUGGCGGAGGCCUUGCCCUGCAAAUCGAAGGAUAUCAAAGAUCACAUUGUUAGCAAAUUUCAUACAAAGCUUUUGAGUCUGGAUGCUUGUAAUUUUCCCUGCAAGAUUUACAAGCCGUUUUUGCGUUGCCGUCCAAAGGAUGGGGAUCGUCUUGUGGUGUCCGUAUAUUUUGACAUCGAACUUCAUCAAAAUGUGAUCUCACCUUCGAAAUUUUGUAAUAUCACAUGCGCGCGAUGUCAGAUGGAGGACAGAUUACAAAAACUGAUCGCCGAGCUUCGAGGGCUCACUAAUGGCUACAAAUUAAACGUGACGCUGUAUGACAAGACUUUUACUUUCGCUAGAAAUACUCUGCGAAUUUCAAAAGAGAGGGAAGAGAAGGAGAAAGAAGAAAAAGGGAAGGAAGAGGGUGAUCAGUGCUACAAGACAGCAAGGAAAAAAUUUAAGCGGCAAGGUGUGCAAUAUGAUUAACUAGCUCGAACCAAUGUUUGUAUCUAAGCAACUACGCACCAACCUACCGACCUACCUACCCCUCCCCUAACCCAACAUUAAUCCUAACUUGUUAUCAGUUAGCUGUCGUUGGGUUGGGGGAACUGACAUUGAUCCACUGACUCGUAACAACUUUAAGUCCCUAUGAUUUUAGAGAUGAAAAUACUGAGCCAAAAAUUAUCACCUGCAACGCUAAAACAUUUUCAUAUGUGAUAUGAGCAUCCUUAAGGAAUAAAAGGGGAAUCAUAGUCUCGCUCACGCUCAACCACAAAUAAAAGUAACGACUUGAAUAACAAACAAGGGAAGCGAAGGGCACAAUAUCUGUGCUUGAUUGAGUAAUCCAUAUAAAACAAGACUUCACUGAAACUCAAGUAGAGCCCUUUUCAAUCAAGCGUUGUCAAACCAAAACCAAAGCGAUCAAAACAGCCAAACAUAGGAAGGAAAUAUCCCGAGGAGUCUAUGAGAACUAAAAACGAAAAAAAAAAAUUAAAGCGGGAGAGAACGCGAGCGACCAAGUCGCGAUUAGCUUUAGUUUUGAAUCUGAUUGGUACGUUGAGUAAGUCACGCGAGUUUUUUUUGAGCCAAUCACAAAACAAAGUGGAACAAAAACAGAGUAACCCCGGAUUACUUUCGCCACUCAAUUGAAAAUGGCUCCAACGUUUUACUUUAAAGCUAUACCAGCUGAGUUGAGAUGCAUUUGACUCGGAAAUAAUUUUUUUACCCCUGCUCAUUUUUGCAGCUCGCUGUCAGCCUGGAAAGUACUAUGACAUUUACCUGCGCAAAUGUAUGAACUGCUCAAGAGGAUCCUACCAACCUAACAGAUCAGAGAACUUUUGUUUCCGUUGCCCUGACAACAAGACGACACUGUAUGCAGGAGCUAGCGAUAUCUCACAGUGUAUAGGUAAAUGUGAUGCUUAUAAACUCCAGAGGGUAAAGGAAUUCUGAAGGGAAACACAGUGUCGUUUGAACGAGAUGGAUUUUUAGAGCUUCUUUAUAACAAUGAAUCUGGAGAUCUUUUAAUAUCCAUGAAACCAUCCGCAUGUAGUUUAAUAUACAAAGUAAGAUUUAUUUUAAAAAUGCCAUAAUUAAGUAAAGAGGGAGGGAAGAGUGGAGUGCUCUCCACUUGGUACAGUGAUAUCACCUUUAGAUGGCAUACAUGCAACCACGGACCGGUUAUCACUUAUUGCCAGAGGCGACGACUGAUCUCCCCUUCAGCCCCCUGAAAACCAUGUGGUCCACAGUGAGUCCUACACUCCCCACCCCCAACCGGGCGAUAAAAAUGGCUCUCUUACUGGCAGUUAAUUGGCAAUCAAUUUUCUAUAGUCACCUCUUAAUACUCUGUUGGCGACGGCUGAUCCCUCUCCACCCCCCAUAAAACCAUGUGUUCCCCAAUAAAUCUUCCACUCCCCCCUCCGAAAAAAAACAGGCGAUAGAAAAUGGCUAGCCCCUUACUUACUCUUUCUAUAAAGUGUUUACUUAUCAUUGACUGAAAGUCACACAGAUCUGCUUAAAAUAUUGGCAUUCAUGAUAGAGUUCUUUCCCAAAAUAACUGGAGAUGAGGUUUUGAAAAAUUUGAAAUCAGUCCACGAGAUUAUCUUACUAGGUAAUUUAUCAAUUAACUAACGAACUUAUUGUUAAUUUUUAGAUACAAUUUGUGGUGGAAAUUUAUCAUCGAUGUCAGGAGUAAUCACAUCACCAAACCACCCCGAUCCCUACCCCAAAGGGAUCGAGUGUGUCUGGAACAUACGAUGUCCCGAAGGUCGAGGCUUACUUCUACUUAUACCAAACAUAUCAUUACCGCUGACCACGGAUUGCUCAGAUCAUCUAAUCAUGCGCAAAAAUGCCAGCCCAUUUUCAAAGACUACCUACUACGCAUGCGAGUCUUAUGAUAACCCUGUGGCUUUUAUCUCGAGAAGCAAGGAUCUCUAUGUCAAGUUUACCUCCAAAAGCACCAACGAAAUGGCCGAAGGGUUUAAGAUUUUCUACGUUACAUUUCAAGGUAGAUGGUUUUCUUUAUGAGACAAGCAUUGUUUUCGUUUUUGGUCUUUGGUUUGUUAUGUUUUUUUGUUUUUUUUGUCCAUUUUCGAGCAAUUUUUAAUUUAGUUUCGAAAGUAAUCAGAGUUUGUUUUGAUUUUGCAUUAUUUUGGUCUGUGAUUGGUCCAUCUCGCCAUCUUCUUAACCAAUCAGACACAAUACGAAAACCAGUCGUGAAUUGGCCGCCCUUGUUUUCCUGCGUUUUUCAUCCUUUUCUUAUUUUUCCUAUGAGUGCUCAUUGGCUAAUGAUGAUGUCACCCCUUCGUUAUGAUAAACUUUUGUGAUUACUUUUUGUUGGUCAAUUGGAAACUACUCUAUCAUCAUCUUUUAAUUACGAAUAAUUCUUUCUUGGCCUUGCAAAUUUUUCGAGCGGGAAAAAGUGCCAUUCGCUCUAAAUCGUAAUAACUUCUUGAUAUAAUUUUGUAAAUGUUGUUAGGAAGGGUGCAGACGACAAAUCGUUUCUUUUAUUGCUGAACGAAAUGUCUUUUAGAAGUUGAAGGCACAGUGUAAAUGCAAAAUUGUUCGACGCAAAUAGGAAGUAAGCAUUAAGUGUAAAAUGCACGAAAAAUUAUCGUCUGCAUUUUUGUUAAAAUGUGAAUUUUUUUGCGUCUUCAUUUUGGAUCCUCGGACGUCUCAGGGCUGCUACUGUUGUCUGUACUUUUCCCCUCGGGAGUCCUAGGAACUGAAAGCGUCACUUAUUGAUUACUUCAACCCUUUAAAUUCCAUGAGUGACCAAGACAGAAUUUCUCCUUACAAUAUUAAUAAAAUAUCAAUCAGAUAAGUGAUGAGAAUGAAGAGAACUAUCAAUUUGGGGACAAUAAGUUGAUUCAAUACUAAAUUCUCGGAACUAGCAUUAUAAGAAUUGUAUGGUUGACAGUAAGGAGAAUUACAAAUUUGAUCUGAGAGUUAAAGGGUUAACGGCACUGUAGAACGAAGUACAUUUCGAAAUGAUGAUAUUUCAGGAGCUUGAGAUUGUUUCAAAUGAUUUCAAGGAAUAUUCCUUUCACAUGUCAUUUAUACGCUUUUGGCGGUAACUUAUUCUAACAGUGCGUUUUCAUUUUUCUUUGGUAGAGAAAUACAGAUCUUUGGUGAAGUCUAUUGUUCAAGACGGCAAGUUAUAUGGAAACAGCAGUCUUCGCAAAAUAUUACAGGUAAGUCAUGUCCGCGGAAAGCCGUGGCUGCUAAAAAGCAUUGUUAUAGUUUUCAGCUCAAUUUCUGAUGGUGUCACGUGGGUAAAAGUUCAGUCCGUAAUCAAGCCUAGUGGCCAAUCCACCCGGAGCUUACCCCGACUCUCAUAGCGAUAAAAUGCUACUCCCUGUUCGUACUUGACGAGGUUAGACGAGGUUGCAUCGGAGCUCUCCGUAUACGUAGCAACCUCAAAAACCAAGAUUUCUACACGCAUCAUCUGGUUUCCUCCCUAAAAAAUGCUUGAACUGUUGAAAUAACAAUGUGGUCUUUGUCGGAUGUUCAUUUUUUUUUUUUUUUUUUUUUUUUCCUCAGGACGAGAGUCUCAUCACGCAAAUUCUUGACAUCAUGGUUCAUCCUCACAAGUUUUUUUAUUUGCCCAAAAACGCAAAGAACAAACUCCCAGAGUUUUAUUCCUUCGUCGAAAAGAAAGUAGAGGCUAAGUUGAAUCUUAAACCUUACAAGUAAAGAAAAUAUCUUUUUUCAGAAGAAUUGUCCAACACGACAUAAGCAAAAGGGACCUUUAUCAGUCAGGAAGGCAGCGCUGAGUAAGACUUUUAGUUAGGAUUUCGCGGUUAAGAUAUGUACAAAGUUUUCAAACGCACGUGCUAAGCUAUUGUUGCCCCUUUUAGAUCUAGUGUUUUGCCACGCCCUCGUUGUCUUCGUUGUCGGGAUUUGGACAGAAUGUAAAUGCUGUUUUUAACAGGGUAUGACGCAUUAAUAAGAGUAAUAUUAACGUAACGAUACUAAACGACAAAGUAUGCUUCGAAACUAUCGAGAGUAUUUUAAGUUUUGUGGUACCCUUUAAAUGUCUCUCUAAGUGGUAGACAAAUACUUAGCCUUUGUCAUUUAUGUUACUAUCCAGAUUUGUCGUCGUCAUUGGUAUUGUUUGCGUUAGUAAAUAACAACCAUGCGCAAAUUAAAACUUUAAUCGUAGGAUAUUAUCGAUAAGAGGUUAUAAGAAUCUCAAGACUUAUUUUAUUGGUUUGUAAGUAAAAUGCGACCCGGUGACAUACAAAUAUAUAUACUUAAUAAUUGAUAAAAAAAAACAACAACAAUGGUGAUUUGUAAUCAUGACCACGCCCAUGAAGAUUAUAUCGACAUAAAAAUAAGCGAUGUUAUUUCAUAGUCACGGGCGUAAGAGAAAGCACUAAAUAAAUCGGUUAUGGGCCAAUCUCGAAAGUUUUCGUUAAUCUGCAGAGCGCACGCAGUAACUGAAAUGAUGAACCCUUGAUCAGGGACCGCGCAGCAAGUUUUUGAGUGGGGGGGGGAGUAUUUUUGCAAAAAUGGGGGGGGACACUAAAGCCUCCCUAGCCCUCCCUCUGCGCGGUCCCUGUUGAUAAGCAUCU